GGCCCGGACCCCCGGGGAGGGAGGCGGCCGGGAUGCGGUGCGAGAAGAUGGCGGCCCCGCCGCCGCCGCCGCCGCUGCCUCUGCCGCCAGCCGGCUCGGCGGGGACUUGUAUGGGCUUGCGGCGACGCUGCCAGCGGCUCCUCUACUGGGUGCCGGUCCUCUUCAUCUCCAGCAUCCUCUGCUGGUCCUACUACGCCUAUGUCACCCAGCUCUGCCUCCUGACAAUGAAAAAUAUUGGAGAAAAAGUUGUGUGCCUGGUUGCUUACCACAUAUUUUUCAUGCUGUUCGUCUGGUCAUAUUGGAAAACAAUCUUUACGCUACCAAUGAAUCCUUCAAAAGAAUUUCAUCUAUCAUAUUCAGACAAGGAAUCCCUAGAGAGGGAGCCUAGAGGUGAAUCCCAGCAAGAAGUCCUAAGACGGGCAGCCAAGGAUCUUCCUAUCUAUACACGGACAAUGUCUGGAGCAAUCAGAUACUGUGACAGAUGCCAUCUUGUAAAACCAGAUCGUUGCCAUCACUGUUCUAUAUGCGACAAAUGCAUUUUGAAAAUGGAUCAUCAUUGCCCUUGGGUGAACAACUGUGUAGGAUUCUCCAAUUACAAAUUUUUUCUUCUCUUCUUGGCUUACUCUCUACUGUAUUGCCUUUUCAUUGCUGCAACGGAUUUACAGUAUUUCAUCAAAUUUUGGACAAAUGGCCUUCCUGAUACUCAAGCCAAGUUCCACAUCAUGUUUUUAUUCUUUGCUGCGGCUAUGUUUUCUGUCAGUCUGUCUUCUCUCUUUGGGUAUCACUGUUGGCUUGUCAGCAAGAAUAAGUCUACGCUAGAGGUGUUCAGAGCUCCCAUAUUUCGCCAUAGAACAGACAAGAAUGGCUUUAGCUUGGGCUUCAGCAAAAACCUAAGGCAGGUGUUUGGUGAUGAGAAGAAAUACUGGUUGGUGCCUGUGUUUUCAAGUCUAGGGGAUGGUUGCUCCUUCCCAACUUGCCUUGUUAAUCAGGACCCUGAGCAAGCUUCCACACCCAGUGCUCUUAAUUCAACAUCCAAAAAUGAGAACCACCUGUUUCCUGCAAAGCCGUUGCGUGAUUCCCAGAGCCACCUUCUUACAGAUACACCAUCUUGGUCAGAAACCAGUGGGAAGGCUGAAAAGGGCAAAGUUGGUAUGAGCAAUCCUGCAUUAACCAUGGAAAAUGAAACCUAGUUUCCCUUAAAAGAAACAUCUGAAUACAUAAGGAAAAAGUUGAAGAAAAAGCUGUCAUCGGAAGGAAGAUGCGUUCUUCCAAAUAUCAGCCCUGUUGGCCAGCUGCUCCUGUCUGCUCCUGUGUGGAUGUGCUCAGAAAAUAAACUGACAGAUGAUUAGCUGUCUCCAUGUCAUUGCUUGAAACACGAAACCAAACAUACUACUUCUGAACCAUACAAAGAAUGUUUCAACUUCAAAAUUACUGGAUUUGAAUGGCGAAGGUUGAUUCUGAAAUGGAAAAAAAAAGAAAAGGAGUCUGAGUUUACUAUUGUAGGAAUUCAAUGGCUGGUUUUACUUCGAUAUUCAGCACAAGAAAAUGUGACCUCCUUGCAUAUCAGUCUGUGUGCUUGCCUUGGUUUUGAAAAUUCACCUGUUAAUUCAAAUCGCUGUAAGUAGUUGACUUUAAAAUCAGAUUUUUGCACUACUGGCUUUACAAAUUGGGAGAACAGCCAGUGUUGAUUACGAAUAACUUAGUAGCUUGGUGGUCUGUAUUUUCUUUUGAGAGCUUGAUAAGCAAUUUUUGAAGAUAAGGAGACCCAAGUGGAGUGUCUGACUAUUUUUGGAACAUUUUGGGGAAAUUUUUGGUAAAAAUUAUUGAAAAGUUCUGUUUUCCUUCAGAUCUAUACUAUCAAUAGUUUGAAAAGUUGCAGAGAGGGGAAAAUUGCCUUUGUUAAUUGAAUGCUGCAGUGGGUCACUGGUAAGUGGAGCAAUAAAAAGCCUGUGUUCAGAUGGGUAAUACAUACAUGAAGCUGGCCAGCUGGGGAGUUUGAAGGGAGCUGCACAGGGCAGUGCUAUGAAAUGGGAAUUUUAUUGUCCCAUUUGGAAUUAUUAAUCCCUUUGGGAAAUGAAUGUUGGCACUUAACUUUGAUCCAAAAGGCUUUUUACCAACCUGCCUUCCUGAGAGCCACUGUCUUUCAAAAUCCUAGUUUCUUAUUAAUCAAGAGUUGUCUCAGAUGUCUUUUUUUUCACUUGUUCUUUAAGACACUGCCUUUCUUGCUGCAUAACUUAAUGAAUACGGUCAAGGAGGCUUACUCUUCUAAUUUGUGAUAUUUACAUUUACAGGACAACAGAGGUUUGAUUGCGAUACCAUAAAGCCAAGCUGCUGCAGGUAGGGAACCCCCUUCAGUUCAGGUCAGUUCAGGAGCCUGCAGCUUGCUUAGGAUCAGUUUACUGGUCAGAUAAUGUAAGAUGCAUUACCAACUUUCAAAGUCAAGGAAGUUUUCAGCAACACAAAUCGAAUUUGUCUUGUGCCUUUUGUACACACUACGUUUAUUGUAUCAGUGUUUACAUUUAAAUGCAAAUCAUUAUUCUGAAAACAACUUUAGGAGGAACUUAGUUAUGCUUUCACAGUGGCUGGAUAAAAAAAAAAAAGACUAGUCCAAAAAAGAAAAAACUUAAAACCUCUCAGACUAAGCUCAGUUCAGUUGAAGCAGAGAAGUACUUCUGUUACCAAAACUGAGUCAUUUAGGUGGGUUCACAGUGUAAAGAUGCCAGUUGUUUGUUUAGAAAACUGGCAGCAGGACUAAGUGACAGGUUUCUGAAAGCAAAAAGCUCAUCGUUAACUCUCCUACAGGCAGGUAACUUUAACAUUUGUCUUUCCUGGGUUUACAACUUCAGUGAUGGCUGUUGGAGCACAAUGUGGCUUUUUUCCUAGUGAGGGAAAAAUCUAUUUGUUUUACUUUUUUGUUUUAAUCUCAAAACUUUACCAGCCUAAAAACAUCUGUUUCUUGCCAGAAGUGCCAGAAUGUGGAUCCCUUGAUGUAAAACACCUUUUUAAAACUAGCAUGAAGGUAGCAUACAGUUUACAUGAUGCCUGCAGACAUCUAGCAACCAAAAGUUUUUCGCAGCUAUUUAUUCAGUGUUGUUCUGUCAGCUUACCUCGUAUUAGUGUUUGUUUAAAGGCUAACUUGUCAAGGGAUAAAGGGGGAGAGGGAAAAAAAAUAUAUAUAUUUUUAACACUUCAGGUUCUCUAUCUGUAUAGUCUUGUUUUUUACGCAGUUAGUUACAGGGUGGUUUGUCUUGGAGCAUGCUUUUGAAAAUACUAAGUAAAAAGUUGAAUAUCAGCUUCGGUGUAACUUGCUCCAUAUUUUUACGUAAAGACAAAGUACAGGUUUCUUCCCCAGCAAAACUCGUAACAGAAAUGGAUCUCUCCAGUACAGAUGUCAGCCACCCUGACUGUGGGCAGGGCUCUGGCUGGGGAUCAGCAUAGGGAAAGGACAGGGAUAAGGGAGCAAGAAAUGCCUGGCUUCUCCAUGUGUCAGAAGUCACACGUAGAAAGCACAAUAGCCCUAAAUAAUCUGCAGCUCUGAUGCACCCAGAGGCUGUCUCUCUAGCACAAGAGUGACGGAGGUGUGGGAAGGGAGAAAGGGGAAGAGCAAUGAGGGUGGCUUGGAGGUAAUUAUUUGGCUGAUCCAAGCCAGCAGUCUAUAGCUACAGCUGCUGUUGGGAUGGGUGGGAGCUGUGCUGCCAGGAAGAGCACUGUCGACAGAGUUUUGAGGGUUCCUGGCAGCUCUCGUUGCAUAGAAUAUGGACAAAAGUGAGCUAAUUGUGCUCCAAAGUACAGUUUCUGGUAUAAAUAUGUUCUUGGCUUUAAGCUCUCUAAUACUUUCUAUAGCGAAGUGGAAAUGGUCUUUUUGACGUAUUGUCGUUGAGCAUUGAUGCUGUUACAAUGCACGCGGGAGAAUUUGUGCAGAGGUGAGAGGAGCAGGGAUGGAAUGUUGUUUGUCUGCUUACACUGAUUCUCCUGUUCUUUAUAUUCUUGCUGGGCACUUUACUACAGCCUUUUGUGUAAUUUCUGUAUUUUUUUUAAAGACUGCUUUUUACCUACUGUACAGUUACUAAUCUACUUUUUUGCUAAAAAGAAAAUAAUAGCCCUGAUAUUUGUCUAGCAGUACAACUGCAUUUCAAGCUUCAGUGGAAUGAGUUCUGCAGACUCCUCAGAUGGGUUGGAGUCCCUAAUGACAACAGAGUUAAAUUUAUUUUGUAUAUAUGUAAACAGUCACAUGCAUCAUAGCCCCCCACAUGCGUAAGAAGCUUCCUUAAUUUGUGGGUUAAAACAAAUCCCAAUACCUGUCUGCACCAGAACUGGUCCACACACAUUCUGUGUCAGUUGACGUACUGGUGGUGGAAUGCUCAAAGUCUUCACAGAGAACUAAUUUUAUUAAGAAAAUGGAACACCUGGGUGUUGAUGAGCUCCUCCCACUGAGCAAUUGGACACAGCUGCUGCUCUGCACUUUAAUUCUUUAACUUGAGAGAAAAAAAGUUUUCCAGUUUAAGUUGCAGAUUGAAGGUUCUUUAGUAGCCAACAGCUGUGGGCAGGUAAUUAAUGAAGUUAUUUUUAACUGUUUUUGUACUUAAAAUCAGGGUCUUCAAGCAAGAGCUUGUGGGAAGCAAGUUUGUUGUAGUGCAUGGUGUGCUGUAGCAGUUGUUAGGAUUUGGGCUGCGAGUUGUUGCCCCGAUGCAGUUGACUGGUGUGCUGGGGUAGGGGGGGAAUACAUUUCUACAUAAAUUUAAUGUAUAACUUUGCCACUGGUUAAUGUAUUGCUCACAGAAAUAAAUGCUUCAUGUUCAGCAAGUCA